AUGGCGAGCGAUGGCGGCAACCUCUCGCUGCCCUCCGAGAUCGUCAUCAACAUUCUCAAAAGGCUCCCGGUCAAAUCCAUCGUUCGAUUUCGAUCUGUCUGUAAAAAUUGGAAAAAUCUCUUCAAAACCCCACAUUUCAUAGCUGAACAUGCCCGCCACUCUUCUCACGAAAACCCUUUGCUUCUUCUCCAUGAAAAAGAUUUCGGUUCCAAUGGUAAGCCUCCGUCCUUACGUUUGCUUAAUUAUAAUAUGGAAACCAUUGAAGUUCUAAGCAUACCCUCGAUCGAUUGCCUUAAACAUGGUUGGAAAAUCAUUGGUUCUUGCAACGGCCUUCUUUGUGCCGGAGUCGAUCUUGAUCCAGAUGGGUCUCCUCGCUCGCUUUGCCUGUGGAACCCGGUGAUUAGAGAGGUCAGAGAAAUACCCCUAACUACAACAACGAAGGAUUACUGGGGACUGUGCGAAUUUGGAUUUGGGUUUAGUAGCAAUUUUAAUGAUUACAAGAUAGUGAAAUUUUAUAUUCCAGAGUUGCGUAAAAAGAAGAAGAAACGUCAACCCUAUAAUGCCGACCUACUCGAGCAUCAUAGAUCGGAAGUGUAUUCAUUAAGCACAGGUUUAUGGAAGAAACUAGAAUUUGGAGCUUUACCAAAGACAACAAUUAUAUCAAAAAAUAUCAGUGCUGAGGGAAAUGAUGGAACUAUCCUUUUCUUAGGAGAAAAGGACAAUUUGCCUGUGCUCGUUUCCUUCGACAUAGCUACUGAAGUGUUUAGAUUAACACAAAUACCACUACCCCGUGAUCUUCCAACUGCUAUUGGUGUGUACCAGAACAAAUUAGCUAUGUUUCGGCACUGCAACAUCUCUUUUCAUUCUAUCCAUAUAUGGGCGAUGGAUGAGGUUGCCGGUGAAUCUGGAAAGAGUUUCAGUUUUACUGAAGAAUUUAAGCAUUGCAUAAUUUCGUACUUUUUUCAUCCCUUGUGUAUUUGGAGGAAUGAAAUAGUUUGCGUUGACAAAGAGCGGUGGCAUCUUGACGAAGACGAAGACGAAGACGAGUGUUAUGAUGAAUCAGUGUACUUUCUUAGGCUGCUCAAUCUCACUACUAAGAAAUGGAAGGAGUUCUACAAGGUUUCAUCUUCCUAUGACUGGUGUGAUGGUUUCAGUUAUGAGAGGAGCCUUGGGUCUGUUUGGAACGCCCAGGUUGAAUAG